AUGGACAUCAACACUUGGUGCUGCUCAAGCUACUUGAAAAGAGGCUACGAUCGCAUUAAUAUUUCGCUUAACGGAUUGGUUUCCGGAUCAGGAACACCGAGAUGGAGAGUCCUGUGGAGGAAGAUAAUGAGAGAAAAGAAGGGAAUUUUCGACUGUUCUUCGAGUAGUUGUACUCGUGUGCAUGAGCCUUAUGAUCCUUUAACUUAUUCGCAAAACUUUGAUGAUCAGGGGUUCAUGUGGGAGGAUCCUGAUAACGUCUCUCGAUCUUUUUCUGCUCGGUUUGCAGUUCCUUCAAGAGUUUUUGAGAAGAGUAGUGGAUUUGAGCUGGUUUGA